CAUCUUUUGUCAGAGAAAGCGCGUCUGGUACACGAGUGGAUGCUGCGUACCAAAAUGAUUGUGACUUUACGUAUUGUAAAAAUGUUUGGUGCAAUUAAUAUUUAAAUGUUGGUUUUAUUUAUGGCGUAAGAAAAAGCGUGAAAUCUAAAAGUGAUCAAUAAGUGUCUUAAAACAUUGAUUUCUUAAUUAAAAUAAAUGUGUAUAUUUGGUUGACUGGAUGGAUUUACAAAAGUGUGCUAAAAAAUUACUCGUGUAUCAAUUAGUUGUAAAAUUCAGUUCUUUUUUAUAGUCUAAUGAAACGAGUAUUAGGAAUCAUUAAUUCAUUAAUAAUAAACUCAUAGAAUUUAUCAUUAAAUCUUAAAAAUGAACUAUAUUUAAAUAAUUAGUUGAGUAAUGGAUGGGCCAUAGAAUGAGCGUCUGCCAGGCGCUUAUAUAUUUUAUACUAAUUUUGACAUCUGUCUACGCCUUUAUAAUCGGAAUUGAUGGACCAUUAUUACAUCAAGUAGCUUUAGAAGACGACAACACAACUUUACACUGUGAUACAACUUCUGGAAUAAGUGAAGACGAACUUUCUUUACUUGUAUGGUAUAAAGGAGAUGAUUCUAUUUACAGUUACGACGCUCGAAGUAAUAAUGAAUGGUCCAGUCAAACAUUUAAUACUAGCGGUAGAUUAAGUAUUAAUAUAAAUAAACGUCCUACACCGCUGUAUAUUACAUCUCUGAGAGCAGACGAUGAGGCUCUGUAUCAUUGUAGGGUUGAAUUUUUACUCACCCCUACAAGAUAUACUGGAGUCAAUCUUACUGUUAUAGUGUUACCUAGUAAGCCAUUCUUUCUUGAUGAGAUGGGAAAUAAAAUAGAAGAUAAAAUAGGACCAUUCUUUGUAGGAGAUACUUUGGUGAUUAAUUGUCUUGUGAUUGGAGGCAGGCCUCCACCGCAUAUAAGUUGGUACAAUGGAGAAGUUCUAGUGGAUGCUACUGGCAGUGAAAGUGAUAUACCAAAUGUGCGACAGAAUGAAUUGUACCUACCAAUUACGAGGAAUACGAACAGAAUAACGUGUAAAGCCACGAACACUUUACUUUCUGCUCCCAUUUCGUCGUAUGUAGAUAUAGAGAUAUACCUGUCUGCUAGUAAUGUCUCGAUACACUGGCUUCAGGACAUUGAAAGUAAUACACUUAAAGCGGGAAAUAAUUAUGUUGUAAAAUGUAUAGCAUAUGAAGUGAACCCGUCGCCUGAUAUAGCUUGGUGGUUGAAUCGUAAACAUCUAACUCAGUACAGUAAUCAGACUUGGAACCACAUGACCAAGACAGCAGAGUCACACCUUCAGUUAACACCUACAAUAAAAGACGAUAGAGCGACAUUGGCGUGUGUUACCACAAAUCCUGCCAUACCACCGGGAAAGAAUUCAAAAGCUGAUGUUAUAACAUUAAAUGUCACAUAUGUUCCAAUAGUGGAAGUAUUAACAGUAGAAACCAGUAAAUUAAAUGGUGUCAUAGAGAAUGAUACAUUUCGAUUAAUUUGUGAAGUCGACGCGAAUCCACGCGCUGAUAGAUUUAUGUGGUAUUAUAAUAAUACGAAUAUCCAUGAAAACGUUGGUUGGCAAGAUUAUAUAUUUGGAAAUAUAUUAAUAUUUAAAAAAACUUUUAGAAGACACACUGGACAAUAUUCUUGUUCAGCCAAAAACAGUAUGGGGGAAGGCAAAGCUGAAGGAGUAGACAUUACUGUAUUUUAUCCACCAGAAUGUACUAACAAUGGAGUAUCACUAAUUAAUGAAAUAAUUACCUGUCAAGUAAGAUCUGUUCCGGAUCCCAAUUCCUUUACGUGGUACAUACGCACAGAUUCACAGUUCGAAAACCUUACAACACAAUCUCCUUCAAUAUCACUUAAUAUAAUAACGAUUUCAUUAACGAAAACAGCUAAUAUUACGUGUGAAGCGAACAAUGGUGUUGCAAAACAACAAAACCUAUGUACUAAGGUUAUAAGUUUUAAACAUUUAAGACCGCAAGCACCACUGCAAUGUGAUCUAUCGUAUGAAAGAAAUCAGUUCCAGAUACAUUGUAUUCCAGUUGAAAAUGCAACACAUUACGAAAUUACCGUAUGGCGAAUGUCAACCAGUAAUGCAUCUCUGAUACUGAAUCAUAAAAGUGCAAUGGGAUUUGGCGCACAAGCUCUUAUUCGGAAUGCUGAUGAAGGGUGGCGUGUUGGUGGCCAACUUGGGACUCUUAAUGAAGGUGACGAGGCGGGUACGGCCGCGUGUAAUCGAUAUGGUUGUUCGGAAAUAUUAUUAUUAAGACCUACUGAGAAGUUAUUAAACGCCGCGAAACUACCUUGGUGGUAUUUUUUCUUAGAUAAAGACGUGGGUAUGAUAGUUGGCGGUGUCCUGCUGGUGGUAGUGUUCGUUAUAUCAACUGCUAUAGCAGUUUGUGCAGCGAGGAGAUCCCGUGUGAAGCAGCCUGCACCUGUCAUACAAGUCGUGGGGAUUGAUGAUUUCACGCGAGAAUUUCUGAACAGUACCAGAGAUUUGAAGGCGCGCUCAUCUUAUAGCCUGCCGUCCCGUAACAGCAACUACUUUGAUACAGAAGAGGUUGGCUUGACACAGUGGCGCCACCUGCCUCUCAUACAUGAUCCACCACCACCUGACGUCACACUCACCAGGCAUAGAGAAAGUGCUGUUUAGUAAAAACGACUUAACAUAGAAUAAAGUAUUAAUAAGAUUAAAUAA